CAGGUCACAGAGUAACCUCUGUGAUCUGUGUAUGUCUAGUUGACAAUGAGUUGUUUACAAUAGUUAACACACAGAAUAUAUAUAGGGGGAUAUUUUAGCUAAAUCCCAUCGUUUUUCCUCACGUGUGUUAAGGAACGGUGAGCAAAAUAAGAUGCAAUAGUAAAAAUGCCCUUUAAUGCCGAACAGAUAUUUGGACAAGUACCUGUUCGUCCAAUGUUUAUAUUAUUAAUACCCAUAAGUAAAGAAAACAGCAAGAUGUAAGUCUGGAACGCCAUGAUUCUUACAGAUGAUUGCUAUGGAUUUUUCUAUUUCGAGGAAAACAAUAUUUGCCCUUAUUACUUUGGCAGCUAUUUCCUUUUAUAUUACCUACUUGUUUAGCUCCUGUAUCGCGUCCAACAUGUCAAAAGGGAUGCCGAAAUGGCGUCAUAAUCCGGUUGUUGCCAAUGAAAUACCUCUUAUCCAGUAUUCUACCUCUGUUCGGGUAGUUUCCCUGUUAGAAAGCAAUGAGACUGAUAUAUCACCCAAAUACAGGUUAUUUCGUGAACAGGGUUUACAUCCAGUACGGCAAUUACCAAGUGCAUUAGUUAUUGGUGUUAAGAAGGGAGGUACACGAGCCCUUCUCGAAUUUAUUCGAAUUCAUCCUGAUGUUCGAGCGGCUGGUAGUGAAGUGCAUUUCUUUGACAAGAACUACCACAGAGGUUUCCAAUGGUACAGAAGCCACAUGCCUCCUACUUUGGAGGGUCAGCUGACCAUCGAAAAGACUCCCUCAUAUUUUAUUACCAAAGAAGCUCCCAGGAGGGUUCAAAUGAUGAAUCCUUCAACAAAAUUAUUAGUAGUUGUCAGAGAUCCAGUCACGAGAGCUAUCUCCGACUAUACACAAGCUGCGUCAAAAAAACCCGAGAUGAAGACAUUCGAAGAAAUGGUAUUUAUUAAUGGCACUGUUGGUAGUAUUGUGGACACUUCUUGGGGUCCUGUCAAGCUUGGUCUUUACUACAAAUAUCUCACCAGGUGGCUGAAAUUCUUCCCCUUGUCUCAGCUGUUAUUCAUUAGUGGUGAGCGAUUAAUUUUAGAUCCUGCCAUCGAACUCAAACGAGUUCAAGACUUUUUAGGUUUAAAGCGCGUAGUUACCGAAAAACAUUUUUAUUUCAAUACAACGAAAGGUUUUCCGUGCUUAUUUAAAAGUGAGGGGCAUAGUGCGCCACACUGCUUGGGCAAAACAAAAGGAAGGAACCACCCUUAUGUGAAUCCGGUAGUUUUACAGAGAUUGCGGGAUUUUUUCAGGCCCUUUAAUAUGAGAUUUUAUCAAAUGACCGGCAUCAACUUUGGGUGGGCUUAACAGAACCAGUUAUUUACCCAAUUUCCAAUCGCAAUAAUUAGUGAAAUAAGGAAGUACAAAGUAAAUAGCACGAAUUAACUAAAACACAUUUUCCAGUGAACGUAAUGUUAUUUAAGUAAAUAAUACCACCCAAUGUAUGACUUUUUGGUAAUUAUCUAGGUGAUCCGGCGGUGGCCUUCGCAUUCGCCGUCAACAAGAUGCUUACUUUAUAAUCUUUUAUAGCAAAUUUUCUGAAACCGGUAUUAGUAGGAAGGAUCCGGACCGAAUCGAAAUAUCUGUUUCGGUACGAGACGAAAUUUAAAGUUUAGGUUCCGGUACGGUUCCGGUUUAGAAAAUAUUUUCGAAUUCAGGUCAGUUCCGGUUUCGGUUUUUUUUUCAGUUAGUUUCGGUUCCAAGAUAUAAUGCAACGAACGAAACAAAGAUAGACACUACUCUAUCUAGGAGUCUCGUUAUAUGUUUGUAUAAUGCAAUAUGAAAAAAAGAUCUUCAGCUUCAUACUGUGUUGUAGAUAUAAUUGAAUCUUCAAUUGUAUUUACCGCACAACCGGGAAAAACGAGGAAUGUCACAUUUUAUACAUUUUGAGAUAAAGAAGUUUACAGAUUUAAUUCUUGUGAAACGUGGAAACUACUUAGCAGGAUUGGUUAUUUAUUAUACAUGAUAUUUUUUAUAUAUUAGUUUACAUUGAUUUAUUAAAAGUUUUUAAGUAACGUAAUCAAAAACCCUUCUUUAACAGCAAUGUCUGAGGCAAGGAAAAAGUAUCAAAAACGAGGAAUGUAAUUUUAUUGCUAUGUUUAAGAAAUAUAAACAUUCGAAUAUGUACUCAAGUGACAAACCACUCUUCUUGUCAUUCAGGACCGCAUAAUAACCAUUUUUCGAUUAGACACUUACAGCUCCUGAAGGGGACUGCAAGUGCCCCCGAUUAGGAUUGGAUAGGUUCUAGAGUGUGGAUGCGAGAUACAACAAAGUGAUUGGAAUAGAAGUAGACUGUAGGUCUGAUUGAUGCUUAUUUAGUUUUGUCCCUUUCUGUCUUGUGGCUUACUUCCAUUAAUUAGAUCCUUUAAGGAGAUAGGGUCCACCUCUUAACGGGUUUCCCCAGGAGGUUCCAAAUACCCUCCUUUAUAUGCUUAAAAUAAAUAUGCACUUUUCUUAUGUGGUUUGAACGAAAAAAUUAAACUGAACUCUGCGAAUUAAUGCAAAUAAGGAAAAUGAAACAAGUUUUCUUAGGUCUUACAUAUGUUUAUUCUUAACUUAACUUACUGUCUUGCUGGUAGCGUCACCCUACAAACUCAGCCAGGAAGUCGAUGUUGCCUACGUCUGAUAGGAGUUGCAAGACGAGUCUUGGUCCUAUCCUUUGAAGUGUGGAGUCUGCCUCUUGGUGAUAGGCUCCCGAUGGAAGUUCUUCCCUUGUCAUGCCUCUGGUUCUGUGUGUACUCCACUCCGUGUAGUGGUCCCCUAUAAUGGAAUUGAUUUCUUGCCUUAGGUGGAGAUAGUGCUUACAAUGAAAGAUUCUGUGGAUCGGGUCGUCCCUCUCCAUGCUUCCACAUUGAUCGCAGCUGGCAGUAGUGCUUUUGCCGAUCCUCUGGUAAUGGAUCUUGAACUGACCAUGUCCUGUUAGCAUUUGGACGGUUCUUUUGUUGCAGGAGAUAUUGAUGCUCUGUCUACAGAAUACAUCCGGGAGGAAUUGAAAAGUACCCCUUCCUGUCUCUGCGUCACUCCAUUGCUCUUGCCAUGUGUUUAUUGUUCUUUCUUUCAAUUGUUCCUUGAGUGCUCUUUUACUUAGUCUUGGAUUAGCUUCUAUGUGCCAUGUGCCUCUUCGUAUUUCUAGGCAUUUUCGGUGUCUGCUUGUGUCUAAGUACUCAUAUAUGAGCUCCUCGAUAGGAGGAAUAUUGGCCAACACAGCGGCUGCCUCUGUGGAUGUUGUGCGAUAGGCGCCAAUGAUGGCUCUUGAUAUUACGCCCCUGACGGAGCUAAGCUUGACUUUGCUUCUGCAUAAUUGCAAUCUAUGCUCGAAUAGUUCCGCUCCAUAUGUAAAUAAUGGCAUUAUUCGUCUAUAGAAUAUAGUGCUAAGUGUAGAGUCUGAUACUCUAUAUAGUCUACUGGUGGCUCGUCUUAGCCAUUGAAAUAUUCCCUUAGCUUUACAGCUUAUGUGUGCAAGAUGAUUGAGGUAGCUCAAUUUAUCAUCAAGUAUUAUGCCUAAAUAUGAAUAUGUUUUAACUCUGGCCAUCGGCAGUGUGUUCAGCCUAACUAUGGCUUUUCGGGAUAGUUUCGCCCCAAAGGCCAUAUAUUUGCACUUAGAGACGGAGAAACAAAGCCUCUGUCGCUCUGCCUAUUCUUCUAGUGUCCUAAGAGCCAUGGAGAUGUUUUCUUCCAAUAGAUUUCUAUUGCUGCCCCAUGUGGUAAUGCACAAGUCAUCCGCAUAAGCCACAAUAUUUGCCUUGUCAUUGCACUCAAAUGCCUCCAGCAAAGGAUCCACAAUCAUGUUCCAUAUGUUCGGUCCCAGCUUCGAUCCUUGCAAACAUCCCUUUUCUAGAAUACGCCUCACUUCUGUUGCGCCACAUGUGUACGAUAUCUCUCUAUCAGUCAGAUAGCUUUGUAGUAACUGAUAUAUGUUACGUGGAGGAUUAAGCCUCUUAAGUGCAUCGAGAGCCGCCGGCCACCAUAGGUGAUCGAAAGCUCCCUUUAUGUCUAUAAAUAUUGCUACCUUGAACUUAUGCUCGCUCUUUGCAUCGUUCAGUACCAGACUAAUAGCAUCAGUGGUGCUCUUGUUCUUAACGAAGCCAAAUUGUCGGCAAUUGUGUAAUUCGCCAUUGGUUUGAUUUGAGAUUAGUUCCCCUUUUAUGAAGUGUUCCAGCAUCUUACUAAAAAUGGAUAAUAGUGUUAUUGGACGAACCGCUUUAGGGUCUUUGUUAAUAAUAUUCCCUUUGGGGAUGAUGAUAAAUGUUCCUAUCUUCCAAGCUGUUGGGAAGUACGAGAACCUGAAGCAGUCAUUGACCACUCUGGCCAAGAAUUCAGCUAUAACUCGGUUUCCUGUACACCGUGUGCGCCAGCUUUCCGUUGGCUUUUCUGGUCACCAAGGCAUCCAAAAAAGGCAGUCGCCCAUCCUUCUCCACUUCCAUAGUGAAUUGAAUUUUAGAGUUUAUUGAGAUGAGGUGCCUCAGGAAGUCUUCCAGUUCAGUCAGACCAUGGCCCCAAACAACAUGAAUGACACUUUUGUGUACAGGAAACCGACACAUACCGACCGGUACCUGCACAGUGGUUCAAACCAUCACCCCAGUCAAAAGAGAGGAGUCAUCAAAACUCUCA